UUAGAGAACACUUUCGAGAUCUAGCUGAAAACAAAGAAACUGAACUUACCAAAAAAAAUUCUGAAGAGAGAGAGAGAGAGAGAGAAUGAGAUAUGGCGGUGGAAGAAGGAGGAGAAUGUUAUUACAACCAUUUCUUGUUUUGUGUGCAACGGUAACAGGUUUAGGAUUAUUGAUGCUAGCUUUAAGACCGUUGGAUCCACCACCGAUCAAGGUUGUUUACGCCAAAGAUUUUCAGUUAGUAGAUUCCAAUAGUUCUGAUUUCGAUGUCGGCGAUGGGACUCUUAUGGAGAAACCACCGCCGGCGACAUCGAAAACAUGUGCGACGGUAGAAGAAAUGGGGAAUGAUUUCGUAAAUGGUUUGGCUGUGAAAGAAACAUUGAGAGUUAGGAGAAUUAUUGAGCAACAUUUUGUGUUGAAUGGUGCUUCAAGAGUCAGGGAUUUACCCUCUGAUCAGUUCUGUAGCCAUGGAUUUGUUCUAGGCAAGACUGCCGAGGCGGGUUUUGGGAAUGAAAUGUACAAGCUCUUAAGCGCUGCGGCACUGAGUAUAAUGUUAAACCGGUCGCUGAUCAUUGGCCAAACCAGAGGCAAAUAUCCCUUCGAGGAUUACAUUUCGUAUGCCAACUUUACCUUUACCAUGAAAGAAAUAAAGCAUCUAUGGAGACUAAAUGGUUGUGAAAGCAAAUAUAGGAGGAAACUGGUUAUGAGGACCGAUGAUUUUGAAAAGCCGUCCCAAACAAAUGUUCUAUGUAGCAAUUGGAAGGAGUGGGAACAACCUAUCAUUUGGUUUCAAGGAACCAAUGAUGCUGUGGCGUCUCAAUUUUUCUUAAAGAACGUACAUCCUCAGAUGAGGAUUGCGGCUUAUAAUUUAUUUGGUGACCCGCAAGUUCUUGGUUCUCAGCCGAAUGUAUUUGGGGAGCUCAUGAGAGUUCUCAUAUCGCCUUCAAAAGAUGUUGAGGCAGCAGUCAAUUGGGUUAUUGGUGGUGUGGAGAAUCCUGAUAUCUCGUUGCAUAUGCGGAUGCAAACGAACAGGUCCAUAAGAGCUUUGCAGGCCGUUAUGAGUUGCAUCAGAAAAGCCAUAGAGAGUCAACAUCUAAUGUCAAGACCAAAGAUUGUUGUGGUGUCGGAUACACCGUCCCUUUUCAAAAGUAUUGUACCCAACAUAAGUGAAUUUGCCGAGGUUAUGCGUUUUGAUUAUGAAAAGUUCAAAGGAAAAAUGUUAGAAAGUUUGCCCAAGUUAGAUUUCAGAGCGAAAGAUUGGGGUCCAGCACCCAGAUGGGUUGCUUUUGUAGACUUUUUUCUUGCAUCUCGCGCUAGAUAUGCAGUUGUUUCUGGAGCUCAACGGCGUGUUGGAACUACCUAUGCUCAGCUAAUUGCUGCACUGGCUGCAGCACACAAUCUAGGAGACGACAACAAGAAAACAUCAGGUCGAAGUUUUUCAUUUUUCAGCAGUUUCCAAAGCAACUUAUUAACAGAUGGAUUAAAGAACCAAAUUGGUUGGGGACAUGUUUGGAACAGAUAUGCAGGACCAUUAAGUUGUCAUAACCAAAGCAAUCAAUGUGCCUUCACUCCACUUCUCCCACCAGCUUGGUGGGAUGGUCUUUGGCAAUCACCAAUUCCAAGGGAUACUAAACGUCUUGCUUUCUAUGGUGUUCAAUUAUCUGGUUUUGGUAAUGUAGAUACUGAUUUCCUUCAAAAUUAUUGUAAUUCUAGGAAAACUGUUGUUAGAACUGUUACAUAUAAUUUGUAGCGUUUGGAAGUUAUAAUUUUUAUUGUAUUUUAUUUCUUAGAAAACAAUAAUUAUUUUAUUAUAGUUGUUAUGUAAUAUAUAAAAUGAGAGUAUUUGUAUUAUUCUUCUCAAUUGUCAUCUUUACAUUU